GUAAUCACGUCCAUUCGAUUUUCUUCGACCGGUUUCGCUUAUUCCGAAAUGUUGUUCGUUUGAUUCGUGAUCCGCGUUGCAUCGGAGACAAAACGUGUUCGAAGAAAGGUGACGAACUUACGAACUUUGCGAUCGGUCGCGAUUCGUUUCGACGAUCGACGGAACCGUCGAUUUCCCGGCAAACCGUCUCAAUUUUCUCGCGAUAGAUUGUAUCCUGCACGAGUAAUUCACCAUUUCUCCGAGAGACGUUAAUUUCAAGGAAAUGGAGGCCACGGGGAUGAUUAACGGUGUGUCCGUUCACCAGAAGAGCAGGAAGCUGUGGCAGUAUCUGGCUACUAUUUGCGCAUGUCUACUGGUGGUCGGAGUUGGCACAGCUUUAGCGUGGACCUCACCGGUGCUUCCUCAACUGUACGAAAAGGAUUCGUGGAUGGUGGUAACCGAGGAUCAGGGUUCCUGGGUGAGCUCUCUGUGCGCCCUUGGCGCUAUCGCUGGUGCGUUGCCAUCGGGGAAAAUGGCGGACAGAUUGGGCAGAAGAAUGUCGCUUCUUCUGUUGGCGGGACCGUUCCUCGUCUCCUGGGGUCUUAUUCUAGUUGCCACCGAAGUAUGGUUCCUGUACAUCGCUAGAUUUGUCGUUGGUACCAGCGUUGGGGCCGCCUGCGUCCUUGGACCGACGUACAUCUCCGAGAUCUCCGAAGUCUCUACCAGGGGAACUCUAGGCGCCCUGUUUCAGCUAUUUCUCACCGUCGGGAUCUUCGUUACUUUCGUCCUGGGAAGCGUUCUCACCUACUCCGCGCUCGCUAUAUUUUGCGCACUCAUCAUAGUCGCCUUUUUGGCCACGUUUUAUUGGAUGCCCGAAUCUCCUGUCUGGUUGGUGGGUGAAAAACGGAAACAGGAUGCCAUAGCGGCGAUGAAAGUGCUCAGAGGGGACGCUUACGAUCCUGGGGAAGAACUGAACGAAAUGCAAGCGGCGGUCGAGGCGAAUGCCGGCAAGGAAGUCACCAUCUCUGACAUGAUUAAGUCCCCGGUACACAAAAAAGCUAUGGUUGCGUCGUUUGGCAUGAUGUUCUUCCAACAGGCGUCCGGUGUGAACGCAGUUAUUUUUUACUCCGUGAUAAUCUUCAAGGCGUCUGGAAGCACGAUGCCGCCGGAACUCGCGUCCAUCCUGGUCUCGCUGGUUCAGUUGAUAAUGUCAGGUGUCGCGGCGCUGAUUGUGGAUCGAGCCGGAAGGAAGCCGCUGCUCAUGAUUUCUACAGGUGUUAUGUCACUUAGCCUGAUCGCGCUCGGUUACUACUUCAAACAGAAAGACGGCGGAAAUGACGUCAGCUCGCUGGGAUGGCUGCCGCUGACUUCGUUAAUCGUCUUUAUGAUCGCCUUUUCCAUCGGUCUGGGCCCUGUACCAUGGAUGCUGAUGGGCGAGCUCUUCUCCCCGGAGACGAAAGCGGUCGCUUCCAGCAUAGCGGUGACGUUGAAUUGGUUUAUGGUAUUCGUGGUGACCAAAACUUUCCCGAUGAUGAACGACAAAAUGGGCACGGACACGACAUUCUGGAUCUUUGCCGCGAUCAUGGCUGGCGCGACUGCGUUUACGCGUUUCCUUGUUCCGGAGACGAAAGGAAAAAGCUACCAGGAGAUCCAGUUCGAGCUGCAGGGUGGUGUUCUAACGACCAAACCGGUCCCUUAAUCGAAAUCAAUCGGAACCUUUUCGUUGCAAGGACGUUGUUACGCGUUUGCCGUUGGAUCACUUUCUCCUCGAAUUUUUCGACGACGAUUUUGUUUACUAUCGUUAGGUGGAACGAUAUCGCGACAUUGAAAACUUUACAAAGGAGAGAGUACUUGUGCAUCGACGACCAUUCGACGUAUCGUUUCCAUUUUCCUUUUUCUGUUCGUCACAGGGAACGCCAACCGCGGGACGAGUGCCUCGUGUCGUUAACCAAGAUAAAGAUUGAGGCUAUCGACGAGGAGCCGAUCACCCGAUAGACGGAUCGCGUAAUUUUCUCUCUUACGCUGAAUUUUUCAGCGACAAGCUUACAAACGCUUACGCGAACGCGCUUACUUUAACAGCGAUUUGCGGUAAGCGGUGUCGCCGACGUUGGUGCCAACCUCCUGAACCUUCUUCAGUUCCAGGUCGGACAGGAUUCUUCGUAAUGUUUUUUUAUACUAACGUUACUUGUUUGCGGCUACGUCUCGAUCGUCGCUGGUUCUUCGAUGACUGUGAAUUGUACAUCGGUAUUACAGUCGUACAUAUGUAUGAUAUAGAAAAUUCAUGUAAAUACGUAUGUAUUCGUGCAUAUAUCGUAUUUGAGUCGAGAACAAAAUAACGCGUAUAAAUUUCCCAUUGAAUCCCAUAAUCUUGUGCCGUUUUUUGUAAAGUACAAUGAUCAAUUUGACAAGCACCUGGUGAACAGCGCGGGAGUACUCGUCGGAAAAACGUCGAGGCGAGUAGAUAUAACGUAAAGAUGAUUUCUAAGACAGAGGUGGAAGAGAAGGUGACGGACUUGUUUUUUUCCACGAGCAAUCAACAACUCGCGUGUAAACACCGAAUUCGUAUCGGUACUAUUCAUACUCCUCGUCGUUCUUGUUUUCGGAGAGUCGAGUCGAGAUCUCAUCGCGGAUGAAGAAUGAAUAAACAAUGUACGCGUUCGAGCCUCAAUUCGGAUUAUCCCGUCGACUAACAAUAAGUCGCAGUGGUCACAGGCGGAAGAUACGAAAAAAUUCGGAGACACCCACUCGAGCUGUUGAUGUAACCGAUUCGAGGUAAUGGAUCGUCCAUAUUUUCCGUCUUUCGAUCAAGGCUGCUGGUACUCGAGAAAGUCAAACGUUGAUGUCACGAUCUCGAGAAUCGAUAUCGGCCAUAUUUGUUCUAUGAUUGUACGUUUAAUCUGAUUCAUCGUCGCUCUGUUCUUCGGAUUGUUUUCGACUUUCUAUUAUGAAAUUAGUCGUAAUAUUAGUCGUCGUAACAACGAUCGCGAUCGAUUCGAAAUAACUGGCUUUCACUUCCUGUGCGAUUAUUUUAGCAAAUUUUACGAGGAUCCUUAUUUUCGAAUUCCUGGUCAGUUAUGGUAUUCCAAGGGGCCUCGUUUAGACGUAGAACAAUAGCUCAAUCGAUAAUAAAUGAAUGAAAUUUUGUUAGGUAGGAUGCUAUGUCUACGCGGUUAGACUGUUCUUUCCAGUUCUUCCGAUGCAGGAUGUUUAUAUUCAAAGAAGGAAGUUUGUUUAAAAAACCAGUCUUUUAAUGACGUACAUCUUUAUGCAAAUACUACAGCGGCCCGUACAGAAAUCACCGAAAUGGGUGUUUCGGUUGUUAUCACGGCAAACAUUCCUGCGCAAUUAUCGUCGAAUCGCGCAUCGUCUUUAAACGAGGUUUGACGAGCCAGCGAGUGUUUCUGAAAAAUGUCCAAUGAAAAAUGGGAAACGGGAAACGUGAAAUGCCACGUACAAGCAAUCAAAGCCGCGAGUGUGCAAAGUGUGAGCACGAAUACCGCGGGAACAUUAAGACCACCGAGUGUUCAACAAUGAAACUUCAAUUAAAUUCUUUGCCCGUACCUACAGCGUUAAAAAAAAAAAAGACUAACGCGAACACUUUAAAAUCCCAUGAGUUUUUCCUUUCUUCCUUUGUCGGCGAUUAUUAACAAUUUAAUUGGUUCGAAGCUACUUUCCUUUACUUUGUCGACCGUAAUUUGGCAAAGACAUCCUAUUACAGCUUUCCGUUGGUACUCCCUGCAUUUUACAAGAGAGCGAUAGGAACUUCUUAAACAUCCCACGUGUUUUAACCCGCUCGUUAAAUCGGUCGUAAAUUAAAUCAAUUUUCUAUUAUGGUCGAGUAGAAUAAAGUUUAUGAUAUUAUCGAUGA